AUGAUUAUAAGUUCCACUCAUAGAUUACUUGGAGGUGGCUGCGUCUAUGUUCAAUCAGUUGGAGACCAGAAAAUAUCUUCGAUUAAGAACCAGCUCGCAUCCCUGAGUGUUAAAGAUGCUCCCAUCAUCGCAUUCUACAACCCUAAGAGAGCACCAGGGCUUGCUCAUCUCCGCAGACUUGCCUACAUUAAGGCUCAGAAGACUUUGGUCCUGAUUCCUGAAGCAUGGGAGUGUCUGCAUCCAGUAACGUUAGGUAGUGGUAAAGAGUUCAAAGCAGUGAUAGAAAAAAGAGACACAUCUGAGGCAAAGUCAAAAGGCCAAGGCAUUGGAACUGAGUUUGCUACACUCUCAUCGCAGUCGACGAUGAGAUCUCGGUAA